GCUCGAUUUCCAUCUCAUUGCGAUUGUUAUUGCUGUUGUCACUUGACGGGGUGAUAUAUCAACUGCCUACUUUAUGAGGUGCAAUUUUUAUGGCUGCCCUCCGAUCCCAAUGUGGCCAAGAGGAAAAGCAUCUCUUGCGCGCCCCCUCCGAACUUUCUCUUCUAAUUGAAAGCAGUUCGAUGGCGGCGGGCGAUAAGCGAACGUGGAAGGGGAAGCGGUCCGCUAAGCAAAGCAUCCAGCUGGGCGUCUUUUGAUGAACCGGCUGCGGCGAUGGAUUGACGUGGAUGUGGAUGUGGAUGUGGAUGUGGAUGUGGAGCUGGUUGGACGCCCCAAUCUGAAUGGUCUUUCUCAGCGGAGUGGCCAGUGGACAGUGGAGCGGAUGAAUGGCGAUCGGCGCAUAAAGUCGCCGCUGGAAUGUUGCAGCCAUCACUUUUGGUGGCAUUGCUGCUCCUGCUGGUGCACUUGGAAAAUGUCAUCGGCAAGCCGCCCACCAAGGAGCUGCCCCGUCCGCUGAUCCCGCUGCACGGCCAAGAGGAGGAGGAGGAGCUGCACCCGGAACUGGAGGCCAAGGCGGCAUUCCAGGGGAUGCGGAAUGGACGCUCGCGGCGUCCCACCCUGAUGGAUGUGGCCUUGCAGCAGAGUGUGCGGCAGGGACUCGAUGCCAUGGCCGAGCUAUACGGUCGCAUUCAGCCGGAGAUGUUGCGCAAUGGCCAGACCCUGCAGGACAACCAUCCGGCAGCUAUGUUGGCCCGCUUCAAUGCCCCCACCACGGACUCGGAACGCCGGGAGAUGGCCGCCUAUGCCACCAUCGCAGCAGCCAAGGCUUUUCGCAAAAACUUCCAACACAUCGAUGAGCUGGCCCGCCAGUCGCACACGCAGCGAAUCUCCCUGAGACGUACCGCCCUGGAGGGCCUGUGCCCGCCGCGGGACCCGCCACCCUGCAUGCCCGCCUCGGAGCGGUACCGCACCCACGACGGCACCUGCAACAACAAACGCCGGCCGAGGUGGGGAGCCGCCCAGAUGCCCUUCAACCGCUUCCUGCCGCCGGAGUACGGCGAUGGCGUGGACACGGUCAGGAGCUCCGCCGACGGCAGCACCUUGUCCUCGUCCCGCUUCGUUAGCCUCCUGGUGCACGGAGCCAGGGAGGGAGAGGCCCCACUCACCCUGAUGAUCGCCCAGUGGGGUCAGAUGCUCGACCACGACAUGACCUCCACGGCCCAACCGCGCUCCAUCAAUGGCUCCAUUCCCAGUUGCUGUGGCGGCAAGGACUUCCAUCCCUCCUGCUUUCCCAUCAAAGUGCCGCUGGACGAUCCGUGGUUGGCGCCUCUCAAGGUGCGCUGUCUGGAGUUCCUGCGGUCGGCUCCUGCCCAGAGACGCGACUGUGUGCUCUCCUGGCGGGAGCAGACCAACCAGGUGACCUCCUACAUCGACGCCUCGCCCAUUUACUCGAACAGCGCCAAGUCCUCGGACAAUGCAAGAGUCUUCCGGCACGGCCUGCUCGUCUAUGGCCGUGGUGAUCCAGCCGAGGAUGUGUGCCAACGGGGAGCCAUGGCUACGAAGUGCAUUCGAUCCGGGGAUGGACGAAGUGGAGAGCAGCCGGGACUGCUGGCCAUGCACCACGUUUGGGUGGGCGAGCACAACAGGAUCGCCCUCGAGCUGAGCGAACUGAAUCCCCAUUGGAGCGAUGAGAAGGUGUACCAGGAGACGCGGCGGAUUGUGGGUGCCAUGUUCCAGCACAUCACCUUCCGGGAGUUCCUGCCCGUCAUCUUGGGCAAGGAGGUGGCCAAGCUCUUCGACCUGGAACUGAUGCCCUCGGGCUACUACGAACGUUAUAGUUCCAAGGUGAAUCCCACGGUGGCCAACGCCUUUGCAGCUGCCGCCUUUCGGUUUGGACACUCGCUGGUCCAGAACUCCUACACGAGAUGCGACCGUCACCACAAUGUGAUAAAUAAUAAUGUCAGUCUGCAUGAGGAGUUCCAGCGUGGUGAUAUUGGCUCGGCGGGUUCACUGCAUCGACUUCUGCGUGGCCUGGCCUCCCAGCGGGCACUGAAGAGGGAUGAGUUCAUCACCCCCGAGCUGACCAACCACCUCUUCCAAACUCCUGGCUUCCCAUUCGGCUUAGACCUGGCUGCCAUCAACAUCCAGAGGGGCAGGGAUCAUGGUGUUGCUCCAUACAGCGCUUGGCGAGUGCCCUGUGGUCUCAGUCCCAUCCUCAGCUGGGAUGACUUUGCCAACGUGGUGGGUCCGGAGUCCGCGAAACGCAUUGGCCACGCCUACCGCAGCGUGCACGACAUCGAUCUGUUUGUGGGCGGCAUCGCAGAGCGUCCUGUGGUGGGCGGUCUGGUGGGACCGACCUUCGCCUGCAUCAUCGCCCAGCAGUUCAGCAACGCCAGGCGAGGAGAUCGCUUUUGGUACGAGAACGGCGGCUUCGAGAGCUCCUUCACUCCCGCCCAACUGCACUCCCUGCGCCGCGUCUCCCUUGCCCAGGUACUCUGCCGCACAGUGGGUGGUGGCACCCUCCAGCCCCACAUCUUCAUCCCGGCCGAAUUCGAGGACAACGAGCGACAGACCUGCGGAGUGGGCGCCCUAUCCCCCAUCGAUCUGAGUCCCUGGUUGGAGCAGGACCCCUUCCACAAUCAACAGGUUACUGAUCACGUGUUUACUAUGGGUCAGCCGGAAUUGGGUUCGGUGCAGGUCAUCAAGGAGGACAAGGCUGGCUUCUCGAACCGAGUGAAACCCAUUAAACCACAGGUGGAGAUCAGCGCCUCCUCAGUAAGCGGGUUCCACCGGCCACCCACCAGUGGAAACUCCAGCCAUGUUAGUGACAAACUUGACAUUAGACGCAAGACAGUGACGACCAAGAACAGCAACAAUAACCGACAGACCGCACCGACUAGAAAGACCCAAAAUGGUGUUAACAACAAACUGGACAAGUCACCAAAGAUCACGAUUAACAUCAAGAGCGUGAAUGUAAGAAGACCGGAGGGAUCGGGUCCCAAGAGAAGGGUGGUCAUCAACAAUGUGCCUGUAGAGCUACGAAGUUCGGUAGGGGGUAACGAAACUGAUACGGAGACGGAAACGGGAAGUGGAACUUUGACGGGAGAGGAAAACGAGGACGUGUUUAACGAGGACGACGAACUGGACAUGGAGGACGUGGUUGAAGUAAGAGCUAACAGGGAUGACCCUUCAAAGACUACCGAGACAGACUGGAACACAACUGAAACUGACGCAACGACAACAACAUUGAAGAAGAUUGAAAAAGACACCUCUAACAAACCACUUGGACAGUCUACAGAAGCACCCAAAACGGAAGGACGUGACUCCAGAGACCUGAUACAACAGAAGGACACAAACACACUGGACCAGACUGGUGACUCUCGACUGCUAGACCUUCAACUGAAUCGGACCUUCAACGGAAAGGACUUUCAGACUAGCUCCACCGUGAGCAUGGACCGCACCACGCGACAGACAAAUGCGCCCAAGAUCAGUAAACCCACGAAAAGGGCCGUGAUACGGAGACAGUACCAGAACAGACCGCUCUACGAAAGACCCCAGACCCAUACGAAGACGGAAACGGGAACGAUAACUUUUACGGGGGAGAAAAACGAGGACGAGCUUACCGAGGACGAGGAUCUGGACAUGGACGACGUGGUGGAAAUAAGAGCCAACAUGGAUGACCCUUCAAAGACUACCGAGACAGACCUGAACACAACUGAAACUGACUCAACGACAAUUACAUUGAAAAAGAACGAAAAAGACACCUCUAACAAACCACUUGGACUGUCUACAGAAGCACCCAAAAUGGAAGGACCUGACUCCAGAGACUUGAAACAACAGACGGACACAAAUACACUGGACCAGACUGGUGACUCUAAACUACUACACCUUCAACUGAAUCGGACCUUCAACGGAAAGGACUUUCAGACUAGCUCCACCGUGAGCGCGGACCGCACCACGCGACAGACAAAUGCGCCCAAGAUCAGUAAACCCACGAAAAGGGCCGUGGAACGGAGACAGUACAAGAACAGAACGCUCUACGAUAGAACCCAAAACCAUACGAAGACGGUAACGGGAACGAGAACUGUGACGAGGGAGGAAAACAAGCACGAGUUCAACGAGGACGACGGACUGGACAUGGACGACGUGGUGGAAGUAAGAGCCAACAGGGAUGACCCUUCAAAGACUACCGAGACAGACCUGAACACAACUGAAACUGACUCAACGACAACUACAUUGAAAAAGAAUAAAAAAGACACCUCUAACAAACCACUUGGACAGUCUACAGAAGCACCCAAAACGGAAGGACGUGACUCCAGAGACCUGAAACAACAGAAGAACACAAAUACACUGGACCAGACUGGUGACUCUCGACUACUAGACCUUCAACUGAAUCGGACCUUCAACGGAAAGGACUUUCAGACUAGCUCCACCGUGAGCACGGACCGCACCACGCGACUGACAAAUGCGCCCAAGAUCAGUAAACCCACGAAAAGGGCCGUGAUACGGAGACAGUACCAGAACAGACCGCUCUACGAAAGACACCAGACCCAUACGAAGACGGAAACGGGAACGAGAACUUUGACGGGGGAGAAAAACGAGGACGAGCUUACCGAGGACGAGGAACUGGACAUGGACGACGUGGUGGAAGUAAGGGAUGACCCUUCAAAGACUACCGAGACAGACCUGAAAACAACUGAAACUGACUCAACGACAACUACUUUGAAGAAGAACGAAAAAGACACCUCUAGAGACCUGAAACAACAGAAGGAGACAAAGAAACUGUACCAGACUGGGGACUCACGACUACUAAACCUUCAACAGAAUCGAACCUUCACCAUAAAGGACUUUCAGACUAGCUCCGCCGUGAGCUUAGACCGGUUUACACGACAGACAAAAGCGCCCAAGAUCAGUAAACCCACGAAAAGGGCCGUCGAACUGAGACAGUACCAGAACAGACCGCUCUACGAAAGGCCCCAGAAAGUGGUGGUCAACGGACCGAAUGCCGACCAGUACGAGAUUGAGAUCAACAUAAGACAGACGAACAAGAAUCCGGGACAGCGACCCUCGACGACCAACUACGCGGAAUACACGACUGCACGCAAACCUUACUAUGACUCGAACUAUGCACCGCACUACGUGGACUAUACGAGCACUACGCCCAUUCCACUGCCAAGCUAUAGUUACCAACAGCCCCUCUCCGAGAUUAGCAAUCAGGGUGUGAGGACAAGGCCACCGACCAUUAUCUAUCUGAACGACAACGACGACAGACGGACUACGACCCGUGCACCGAACAUCUUCCAGAACUUUCUGACCUUCGCCACGAACAGCUUUAAUCCUCUGGGCCACCUACGACCCAUGCCCACGACUCCAUCCCCCAUCUCCCAGAGCCACAAGGAGCGACCCCAGUUCGAGAACAAUGUUGUUCACAGUCCCAUCAGUAACUCACACAUACUGAGCGGAGGUUCUGCCUCCUUCUUACCGCGACCGGGUUCGGUGCUCUCGUAUCCGGUGGCCACCGGUACUCAGAUUGGCGCAAAUCCCGGAUCCGGUAUUCUGCACGCCUCCAGCAGUGCAGUGAGUUCGGGUCACUUUGGCAGUAUCUCCGGAGUGGCCACUGCUAAUGGAGCAGACAGCACUUUUAGCUUUAACAUACGACCACGUCCUAAUCCGGAACUGGGAUCGGUUGUGAGCUCUUAUCCAAGACCUUCUUCAAAUCAGGGGGGAAUAUUAGGAGGUGGAGGAGGGGGAUCCUAUAGACCCGACUACGUACCUGCCCAGAGCGAAUUGUACUACGACAGAGAACUGAGCACUGACCAAAAUCCCAGUCCCUUCUCCGGUUCCAGUUCCGCCUUCAGACCACAACCACAGACAUUCUACGGACGGACACCAGAACUCAAGGAGGCGGGCACCAACAGCAACAGCGACAGCAACGAACUGACCCAGACGGAGCACAAACUGUACCUACAGGACUACGACUAUGUGAGCAGGACUCUAUCCAACUUGACCACAGACGAAAGUCAUCCAACUGAAGAGGACUCGGACUACGUGUACGACGAAGACUUACCCAGCAAUGACUUGGACCAGACGGAGACAAGGAAAGAGACGGACCCAACUGAAUUUUCGACCAAAAAAUUUGACAAGGACGGCUACAUGCGACCACAACUGAUGCGGGACUCGACCCAGAACUCGACGGGAACCAACGUGACCUCACUGGACGACAACUACGUAAUGCCCAUGCUGGAGAACAGGACGCAGACAGGUUACGUGACCGAGGUGCCCAAGCCCAUGCUGUCCACCUCCAGUCGGACUGUGACGAACAGCAAGGUGACUGUCUUUCCGGACAGCCUGGGCAAACAGUUGGGCAAUGACAUCCUUGCGGACGAAACGGACGAUUACAUGGACGGCAACUCGGAGGCUCGGCUAAAGGCCCAGCGGCUAAAGCAACUGGCCAGCGUGGCUUUCGCACCGAUUACAGUACUGACGAAACCGGACAGACCGGACAACUGGGUGAUCUACAACAAGGCCAGCGAGGAACCUCCACUGCCACAACCACCGGCAGUGAACUUGGAUGUGGCGCCCACCGGAGAGGUGCCCAAGCCCAUCAAGAACUUCAACAACGCCUGGCUAAAGCAGGAUCUUAAGGUUCAGCCGGAAACAUCGAAAGUCUCCACACCCAGCAGCGGCCAGUAACUAGAAAUGCCAAAUUAGCCCUAGAUUACCUACUUAUUUAUUUCUACUU